GAGAGCUUCACAGGAGCAGCGAAGCGACGCAGAGUGCGGCAUCUGUAGAUAUCGAUCAAAUCAGCGCCCAUUCACUCAUCCCAUCUCCUCGCUGCUUCCCUCUCUGACCCUGGAGCAGCGCAUCAGCCAUGAAGGCAUCGGCGCCCAGCAGCAAAGCAGACGGCAUCCACAAACAAGCAGAUCAAGCAUCACCAAGUAAGACGAGUGGCCGGCCGAUGCUGCUCAACGUGGGCGGCUUCGUCAUGGCGUCCCUUGUCAUGUGCUGCUGCGCGAGGGGCUGCGGGACACCUGCCUGGCGGUGCUGCUGAACCGCUUCGACAGCUGGAUGAUCACAGACGACAAUCGCAUUCACUUUGUUGAUGCCGACCCCUUCUACUUCAUCUGGUGAGGGGGAGGGAAGAGCAACACACUGGCUGACAGGCAGCAGCACUCGCCGUGUGUGUGUUCGGGUUGGCUGUCAAGCUUCGUUACCUGAGCUGCAACCGCAUCGACGUGAGUGACAUCAUCGAGGGCUGCCCCGCACUGGCCUUCUACCACGACCGCUUCUUCGCCAAGACGGCCGCUAGCAUCGAGCCGCAGCACGGCGACCAUGACAGCGAGGCGUUCCGUGGCUUCAUGGCCGUCAUGGGGCCAUUCAUCAGCUCAUCGGUGGCGGGCGGGGCGGGCGGCAGUGAGGUGCUGAGUGUGCCUGUGGCGGAUGGUGGUGUGGUGGCCACGACCGACGCGACGCUGGCUGACUACAGCAUACUGCACGACCGAUUCAUCAAGUAGGGCUACAGGCGGAGAUGAGAUGGCGUGGUGGUCAUCUUUGCACUCCGUGUGUGUGUGUGUGUGUGUGUGUGCAGGUAUGGGCCCGUCGCGGAUGUGUCGGCAGACACCUUCCACAAGUAAGACAACCACAGCCAGACGGCACACGAAAUCUCCAUGUGUGUGUGCUGUGGCAGAGUGGUGGAUUACGUUCGCCGCAUUCGGCUGGCCCCCGACGCCGCCACGCCGCUGCCGACGAGCAGUUGGCCUGACGAGCUGCUGUAUGCCUGUGACAUGUAUGGCCUCAUGGAGCGGGUGUAUCUCUCAAUGAUCGGCAAAUCGCACAGCCACAUCAAAUGCCUCUUCAAGUGAGUCACAACACACAUUAGAGGGGCGCAGGAGGGAGAUGCCAUUUUUUGAUUUGGAUGCCUUUGUGUGUCAGGAGUUCGCUGCAUGGUGGAGAGUUCGGCACUCUGGUAGAGCGAGUGGCGGGUGUGAGCGGCCUGCUGUUCGUCGUCGAGGACGAGAAGCAGCACACCAUCGCCAGCCACAUCGACGGGCCCCUCAUCCCCCCGGCUGACCCCACAUCGACGCUGCUCACCGGCUGCCCCGUGACCCUCUACUCCAUCGGUGGUCCAUUUGAGGAGGGCGGCAUCGCCAAGCUCACCGUGCCGCACAGCUAUCAGUGGGUGGAGGUAGCCGGCGUAGAGGGGGCGGUGAAGGACCACGAGGGUCUGCCCUGGGGCAAGGUGUGCACCGCUGGCGGCCGCCUGUGCCUGGGGUUAUGCAAGGACGGGCCGACUGAUGACGUCACCUGCUGCAGUCAUUGGGUGGGGAGGCAUGAGCUGCCCGACGACAAGACGUACGUGGGGACCUUCAGCGAGCAAAAAGAUCCCACCCUGGCCGCCAGCCACUACUUCACCGCCCAGCGACUGGAGGUCUACCAGGUCAGACCGACAUCAAGUCGAUGGCAUGUCCGUGUGAUAAUAUGAGUCUGUGUCUAUGUGUGUGUCUGUAUAGGUGUGGACGACUCUUCCGGCCGACCCCAUUCUCCCCGACGAUGAGCUGCAGGCCCUCAUCGACAGGACCCGCGACAUAGGGAUGACCGCACAGCUGCUGUACAAGUGAGUGAGGCAUUGAAGAGCCGGGGGCCGUGGUCGUAUCAUCGUAUCCCUCUCCUGUCUGUCCGGCUGUGUCAGGGGCGAGCGUGACGGCUGGGCCCACGAGACCAUGCUGGCCAAGGUGGGCGAGGCGGCCAACCUGCUGAUGCUCUUCAAAGACACCGGCAGUCACACCUUCGCCUGCCACAUCGAGGGACAGCUCAAGCAGCCGGCCGACCCCAUCGGAAUGGAGAGGACAGACUGCCGAGUGACCUUCUACUCCAUCAGUGGCGCAUUUGAGGAGGGCGGCAUCGCCAAGAUUUCCGUGCCACAGAACAAGCAGUGGGUGGUAGUCGCUGGCACAGAGGGGGCGGUGGUGGGCAACAAGGGCGGCGGCAGCAAGGUGUGCAUCUGUUGCGGGCGCUUAUGGCUGGGUUACGGGGAUGAUGGGCAGCCGGCCGGCGACCUCCGCAGCUGCUGCCAGGUGGUGGAUAGGAGUCAGCUGCCCGACGACAAGACGUACGUGGGCAAGAUGAGCAAGCAGGGCCGGGCCACCCUGGCUGCCAGCCACUACUUCACACGUGUCGAUUUGGAGAUCUACACACUGCAGGUCAGAUGAGAAAGGGAGGAAGCGGAAGCACAUGGGUGUUUCGCCCACGCUGAUCGCCCUGCUGUUCCUGUCUACCUGUGUUCAGGUGCCGGAUGGCUGGCAGUGGCCGAGUGCGGUGGCGGAUAUCAUGCUCUCACAAUCGCCGUGAGCGAGAGCUGUCGAGGGGCGGAGGGGAGCGGGGCGAGUAGCAAGUGAGUGCAUUAGCAUAGUCGACAGGGGCGGGAACGUCUGCCAUCGCCUAUAAUUAUGCUCGCAUGUGUCCAUACCGUCCGUCCUCUGUAUGUAUUUGUCUAUCGUCCGUCUAGUGUGGGCAUACAUAUCGGCGGACAUACGUGCAGUGAAUGUGAGUGAAUGCGUGUCACGCUGCGUGUCAUUUAUCGCCUCGUGUGCUACAUGUCACAAUGUGUUUUGUCGCUACAUAUGGCUGUUAAUGCGUCCGCCUCUUUUAUUCAUCGUCUUGCUUGGUCCACGCAUGUGGUCUCUCCCAUCUGGUGCAUCGAUUCGCUGCAUGGUCGCCACAUGUCCCGACUCUCCAUCUCGUCUCACGAGGCUGCGAUGAAUCAAUCGUUC